AUGAGAAGCCCUGAAGUUAAAAAAGUUCUUCGCAUUCUUGUACCCCAUGUGGCAUCAGAUGCCAGAGCCCUUCGGCUAUUCACCAAUGCCAUCGACGAACCUUCCCAGACCAAGUUCGUCACUUGCAUUUCGCCAGUAAUUGAAGACAACUGGUCUGGCGCACCACAUGAACUAUCCCGUGUCAAAUGGUUUCGCAAUUUUGCGGACUAUUGCGCCUCCCAAAUUUGCAUCAUUCCAAAGUCUCUAGCAACCGCCCACUCUGCACGCAAAGCCAAGUACAACAGUGCGCGAAAUGUCAAAAAGCGCUUUGGCCAAAGCUUGGGAUUCACCCAGCGAGCCCGCCAAUCAAACUCAGCUCACUUUGCGAACAUUCCCGAGACUACCGUCACCACAUACCCAAAAAGCAAAGCAUACCCCCCCCUCAAGCACUGGAUGUAUGAAACUGAUGCGAUAAAGAAAAAAUGGAAAAAGCAUCUCACUUCUGGCCGGAGACCUGACUCUCGGAGGCCCUAUUUGCCAAUGAUGAAAGUUAACACCAGCUUGAUCGACCACGACGUGCGCCCCAACGAAAGUCGCCGAUUUCGAGACAGCAAUGGCACAUUAGUUUGCGGUGUCUACAGAGAUUUCUGCCCCAACGAAGAUGUCCUUCCUGUGGUUGACGACAUUGUUCAAGAGAAUGUUUCGAACCGAAAGAAUGUUCGGAUGGAGGACCCUGGGUCGCUCGUCCAAGUUGGAUUCUCAGCUGGUGCACGGAGUGCACCGAAGUUUGAUUGGGUUCGCAAUGUAACGAAUCGAAAACUGCCCAGUGAUGUCAUCAACGACAUGGACGACCGAUCCAGCUCAGCAUUUGCACUUUUUUGGAACCUGUGCAGGAAUAGCCUGCCAGAUGAAGUUAUGAAUGAUUUCGAUGAAUUCUUCGAUGAAUGCUGCAUGCCGCGGAUGGACCCCUGCAAAGGAGCUGCAGAAGGCAGUGCUGGUAAUGGUGACCAACGUGCUUUUGGCGAUUAUUCAAUCCAGAUCGGCGACGACAAAUUCAUUUUCAGAAAUGCCGAAAGAGCCCCCCCUGCUGGGGUGUGUGGCCAAAAUUACUCCCGGUCAUUAUUUGAUUUACCUUCUUCAUCCUUUAACUUAUCCUCAUUUGGUAGAUCAACCCAUUUUGAGCACCAACCUCACAAAUUCGCUAUCUCUUGGACAGUUAGAAGAGAUCACCCAUCCGACGCUGGUGGCCAUUUCUACAUCAGUACCUACCGUAUUCGAGUUCAGGCAGCUGCAAAUACGCUAGUUGUGUGGCGACCUAAAGACAUUCAUGGAACCAGUUUGCAAGACCUCAGGCCAGCAGAUCCCAAUCCCGCCUUUUUGCAAACAGGGAUUGCCAUUGUCACCUCUAACAGGCUUCCCUCGGUUUGGAAAAAAUAUCGUGCUGGCGUCCUGUCCCACCAAGAUGCCAUGAGGAUUUUAGCAGAGAGUGAUGAUGAAUUAGAUGAACAUUUCGAACAUUUACAAGCAGAGCAGUAG